AUGGCUCUCUCUACUCUCUGUGCGUCCCUAACCUUCCUUGCAAGUGUGCCGAUCAUCGCGGCUUCGCCUUCGCCAUAUGGGUCCACGAAUGCGACCCAGGAGUUCGACUACAUUGUCAUCGGAUCGGGUCCUGGAGGGGGUUCUCUCGCUGCCAAUCUAGCAAUCAGUGGACAAUCAGUUCUCCUCGUUGAAGCUGGCGGAGACUCCUCUGAUGACUUCCUCGAGCAAAUUCCUAGCCUUUCUGCACGGGCUGCAGAAAAUCCUCCGCAUUCUUGGGCAUUCUUCGUCGAACACUAUCAGAACGAAACACAGGCUCGGAGGGAUCCAAAGUAUGCGUAUACGAUGGCCAACGGGUCGUACUACGUUGGCCUUGAUCCGCCUGCCGAUGCAGAGCCCGCGGGAAUGCUCUACCCGCGUGGUGCCACUCUUGGCGGUAGCUCUCAAGUCAAUGCCAUGAACUUCGCAUGGGCACCGGACAACGAGUGGGAUUACAUCGCCAACCUCACUGGAGACGAUACGUGGAACCACAAGAACAUGAGACGACAUCUUGCCAAUCUCGAAAAUUGUACCUAUAUUCCUUUGGGAACAGAUGGUCAUGGUUUCGACGGACCUCUUAAGUCAAGUUGGUCCGAUGCCAGGUCUGCUCUGUUGUCACCAAACUCUGCUUCCUAUGUGGCGGCGAUGUUCCAGGAAGUCGAAGGCAUCGACAUUGACAGUACCGACCUUGAGGGCAUGAUUGAGCUCAUGCAUCGCGACUUCAAUCGAGUGGACAACGAUCGCUAUCAAGCCCCAUCAAUCUUUGCUGUUCCUCUCGCGGUCGACACCACCACCGGAAGUCGAAGCAGUAUUGCAAAGCACAUCAACAGCGUCACUGAGACCGGCCAUCCCCUGACGCUUAGUCUACACUCACUUGCGACGAAGGUGUUGUUCGAAGAAGACGACGACAAGCCAAAGGCAAUUGGAGUCGAGUACAUGACUGGUGACGCGCUCUAUUCCGCCGACCAGCGAUACAACGGAGAGCACGUACCAGAGCUCAAGACAGCGGGAGCCAGAAAGGAGGUCAUUGUUGCUGGCGGAACCUUCAACACACCGCAGAUCCUGAAGCUCAGUGGGAUUGGGCCACGCAAAGAGCUGGAGAAUAUGGACAUCCCGGUGCUUGUCGAUCUGCCUGCAGUGGGGAGCUUCAUGCAAGACAAUUAUGAAGCACGGGUUCAUAUCACUGCCGAUGAGCCCUGGACAACCUACAACCCCUUUGCCAACUGUACUUUAACGUUCACCGCCACGGAUCCCUGCUUCAACGACUGGGAAACCAGCGGGUCCGGACCUUAUGCGGGAGCCUACGGCACGCUCUUCAUGACACAGAAAAGCAGCGUCAGCUGGGACCAAGACGCCGAUCUAUUCUGGCUCAGUGUCGCCGGCUAUGGCGACUCCGGCUUCUAUCCUGGCUUCUCCAUCACACUUCGCUCCGAAGACCCGAGGCAGGCGCCCGAGAUUCAAUUCAACUACUUUGCCGAGAACCGAGAGACAGAUCUCCGAGCCAUAGCUGAUGGCAUUGACCUCGCGCUGCGUGUCUACAAUAACACCGGCAUUCCAUGGACUCAGCUCUCUCCCGAUCCAGCCAUCGAUGUGGAACAAGCAAUCAUGGACGAGGCUUUCGGCCACCAUGCAACGUCCACCUGCCGAAUGGGUCCUGCCGGCGAUCCAAACUAUUGUGUCGAUUCGAAGUUCCGCGUCAACGGUGUCAGCGGCCUCCGCGUCGUGGAUGCCUCUGUGUUACCGAGAGUGCCCGGUGCGUUCCCGAAUGGGCCGACGUUUGCCAUUUCACGAAAGGCCUUCGAAGUCAUUCUGGAAAGUGAGUAG